AGUAAGAUUACCCCAACACUCGUGCUCUGUUGCUUCAUCAAAGUGCGUAACUGCUUGCAAUUCCCCAAUCGCUUUUCAAUUGAGCCUAACACCGGUCAAGAUGUACGCUGCCUCCGCUCUUCGCGCCAGAAUGGCCACCUCUUUCGUCGCCCGUCGUGGCUUUUCCACCACCCGUGCCCAGCUCAGCAGCCCCUACCACUACGCUGAGGGCCCUCGCUCUAACCUUCCCUUCAACCCCCUCACCAAGUACUUCUUCUGGAGAUACUGGGCUUUCAUGAUCACCGGUUUCGGUGCUCCCUUCGGUAUCGCCGUCUGGCAAACCUACAAGACCCGCUAAACGCCCUUUUGUGCUGUGUUUCUUCCGCGCGCAACCGAAUGGGGGGAACUCGGGAAUCGGUCGAAUGUGUAUCCUAGAUCGGAUGUUUUCGGGAAUUUGUAUAAAGUCGAUGAAUUGAGCACGAUUUUGAUUCGGAAAAUAAACUGUGGCAGCAAUUGCAUUUAAAGACUCGCUU